AACACCUUUACGGUCUAUGCGUAUCGCAUGUGGAAGAACAUUUUGCUUCAUCAGUCGAUUACAUAUGAACUAAAUGUCGCCCUGUCUUCAUAAAUUGAGUUGCAUCAGUCACAGUUGUUGGACUUUGAAACCCAGAUAGUGGCUGCAUCACAGGCUGGGAGCAAUGCGUUGCCUAAUCAUUGGUCAAAAGGCAGCGGAUGACACUCCUUUUAAUUAUCACCUCACCUCGGCGGCAGUGAGAAGGACCCUGGGCUCUAACAUGCCUCUUUUUACAACCAAGAGCAUUUAGCGGAGAAUAAUUCUCUCAGGAUUCCCCCCCAUCUAGAUUUUUGCUGGACUAUUAAAUUUUGCAAUAUGCGGCCGCCGGUUGAAGUUUGCGUUUUUCUGCUUUCCCUUUUAGCUCCUGGAGUUUUAUACACCAUGAACAAUAUCCCUGCGCUUCAGGAACCUCUGCCUAUCCUGGGAAUGGGAAUGGUUGUCCUGGGAUCAGUACUUCUCCUGCUUCUCCUCACUGUGCGACACAAGAAGAGUGUGGACCCUUUAUUCUAUGUGUUUGCAGAGUUUUCUUUCACCUGUCUGGUGGGCCUUACCAAUGCUUUAGAGCAGGAUGGGUUCAUCUCCGGUUUCAUGGGCUUCUACUUGAGGAUGGGUGAGCCUCAUCUGAGUUCUGCCCACUCUGUGAUGAUGUGCUACUGGGAAGGCUUGGUUCACUUUGUCCUGUUCCUCACUAUAAUUCAUCGCAUGGCCAGAGGGAAGUCCUAUCGCAUUCUUGGCCUGCUGUGGGCGGGUUCCUCCAUCGCCCAACAGCUUGUUUUCAUCCCUGGGGUUGUCAUUGGUAAAUAUGGGUCUAACAUUCGCCCUGCCUUUUGGAGGAACACACCCUUCCUUUUGCUGCCUUUCUGGGCAGCCUCCCUCCUGUUUAGCAGGCCUAGGGAGACCCCAGUCAUUACGGCAGACAAGGUUGCCGCAGAGCAGAAGAGAGGCCUGCUUUCUCGGCCUGCUGACUUGCUGCUUUCAGUUUUGCUGCUAGGAGCAAUGGCCUUCUCCAUUUUCAGGGGCUUUGUAGUGUUGGACUGUCCUCUAGACAUCUGCUUCAACUACAUCUACCAGUACGAGCCGUACCUCAAAGACCCAGUUGGCUUCCCGAGGGUUAUGAUGCUGGUGUAUUUGUUCUAUGCUCUGCCAUUCCUGGCUGUCUUCAUCUACGGUCUGAGGACACCUGGAUGCAGCUGGAUGCUGGACUGGACCCUCUUCUUUGCCGGGGCCAUUGCCCAGACUCAGUGGUGCCAUAUCGGGGCAUCUCUACACUCCCGCACUCCCUUCACGUACCGAACCCCAGCAGACAAAUGGUGGCCUGUGAUCAUCCUGAAUGUACUGUAUGUCGCCACACCUGUACUACUGGCCCUGCGGUGCUACACCAACCCCGCCUAUUUCAUGAAGCCCGUUCCCAAGGGACAGACCAACAAUGAGAAGAAGAAAAACUAGACCGCACUUUGACUGUGGAUUGUCAAGGCUCUGCUCUCUGUUUUGUGCUAUGACAGCUGAUUUUUGGACUUGGCACACAAAGUGUGUUUAACUAGCAUUUUUAAACCAAAGACCUGGAGGAAAUCGUCUGAAAACGCUGCUCUCUGACUCCACUGUUCAAAAUCAGGUAUGCAGCACUCCCUGCAUGGACUAUUGAACCCUGAUAAAGGCUGUUUGUGGAAGUGAGGACUGUGAUCAGCUCACACAGCUUUCAAGAGAUUCACACAAACACUUAGUUGCCAUUUUCCCAGACCAACACUAUUAACCUGGAUCAUACGGGUCAGUGGGAUGCUGCAAGAGAGUUACAGUCAUUAUCUAUGAGACCAAUCCGCAGCAACCCACAACAAAACUCUUUCAACCCCGCAAUUCUAGUUUACACAGUUUUUUGUUUUGCUUCUCUAAAAUUAAUAGGAUCAUUGAAAACUGUUGUUUAUUGUAACCACAGGCUUCACCUUUUACCCAUGUGAGUGUGUGUUCAUGCUACAGACUUCACUGAGUUUUCGAGAAGCCAAAUGACUCAGAGUUGCUGAUAACGGAGUUGCUGAUAAGUUUCCCAAAGUGACAAAGGAAGAAGCCAUAAAAGAUAGUGCUUUUCACUGUCUAACGUCUUUGCUUCUUCUACAUUAAAUAGUAUUUGAAAUUUGCUGUCAUCAAACUAUGUUGUGCCUGCCAUUUAGUUUUUCCAUGUGUUUUUAUUCUAUGCUUUUUUUUUUUUUUUUUUUUUUAAAUAAUAAGAAGGUGAAAGGUGAAAACACUGAAUUAGGACUACUUGUAUUAGGACUGCUUGUGACUGGGAUACAGAUCAUUUGAUCUGGCCAGGUUUGGCAGGACAAUUCUAUUUUUUGUUUGCUAUGUAUUUGAUUAAAUUAUAUUUGCAUC